GGCAACUUUUCAGAACUUUGCUGAGUAUUUUGUUCACAAAUAUCUUUUGAACCUUCAUUUGCUGCAUCAAUGAUGAUGUAUAAGAUACAAACCUAUAUUUUUCGAUGAAUUUGAUCGAGGAAAAUAAAAUUACUCAGAGACGGAAAACAACAUUUUUGAGGGACUAAUAUAUUGGAUUCCAACAGCCGGCAACGGUGGUGUGCCAGGAUGCCAGACCAGGAAAUAAAAGAAAAAAGAAAUGUCUUGGUGUUAGCACUCUCUGAAAAUUGUCGCGUAGUUAUUUAAUUUAUUAACGUUAAUUUUGUUAUAAGCUAUUGUGAAUUUAUCAUAAUGAAUGGUGAAGGUGGUAAUGAAGAUUGGCUGACUAAUUGGGAAAAGCAGUGUGUUGAUUCCAUAGAAGAACAACCGAACUAUGAACAAAAUCUUGUAGCCGAGAAUAAUAUUUCUAAUACUAAAAUAUGGUCCUCAUUUCAAGAUUCAGCGACUGCUGUAGCACAAUUAUAUCGAG